UCUUCAGGUGAAAACAAUUAGAUUCAUAUUCAAUGAAGAUGAAAAGGAAAGAUACAAAUGUAUAGAUAGUAACAGUAAAUGAGUGGGUUUGAGAGUCGAUGGCAAAUAAGGAGUCUGUAAUAGCAUGUCCUGUGGGACUGAGACCAUGGGCAUACAUUGUACCAGGUUUUUACAGUGUCCUUCCGACAAAGACAGACAGCUUGCUUUCAGGAUUGUGUUUACUGUAACUGUAAGAGAUACUGCUAAAAAUUCCAUUUUUUUCAUCCUGAUGCAUUGAACUGCAUAUUCUUGUAUCUAAAGGCAAAUUUAAGAAAUGGAAAUUAAAAAUCAACUGUUUUGUGCGCCCUGCAUCCUCUAAGGAAGUCUGAGUGGACCGCUGGUUUGCCAGAGACAUUUUUUCCAUCAUGGACAAGUCAGAUUACUGCUUUUGUGCCUCAUCUGCAAAACAGAGAUGAUAUUUCUUCACCUUUUAUAUCGAUACUUGCAAAGCUAAAGCAACAAAUGUUUGUAAUUUGCUUUGGGAUUCUCGGACACACAAUUUUUUGGUGGCUUUCUGGUUAUUAACAUCCUGCGGCAAGUCAUCACCUCAGCCUAAAGGUUUGUGGAAGAAAUAAGCAAUACAUGAAACUGGAUGAAAUUAAAUUUUACAUCCAUUCAUUCAGGACCCUGAUGAGUGAUACACAGGAAGAGGUAGAAGAUGGUGAAUAUCACAGAGAAUGCAACUGAGGAGUGCACUAUUAAUCAUAAUAUCCACCAGACAUUAUCCCCUGUGGUAUACAUAUUUGUAUUUAUAUUAGGCUUGCCAGCUAACUGCCUGUCGCUGUACUAUGGGUAUUUACAGAUCAAGGCUAAAAAUGAAUUGGGUAUCUACCUCUGCAAUUUGACUGUAGCAGACCUGCUCUACAUAUUUUCUUUGCCUUUUUGGCUUCAGUAUGUUUUACAGCAUGACAAUUGGACCUAUGAUGAGCUGCUGUGCAAAAUUUGUGGCAUCCUCUUGUAUGAGAAUAUCUAUAUCAGUGUGGGUUUCCUCUGCUGCAUCUCCAUUGACCGCUAUCUCGCAGUAGUGCACCCUUUUCAGUUUCAACAGUUUCGGACAAUGAAGGCUGCUGUGAUUGUGAGCAUCAUUAUCUGGACCAAAGAAAUAAUGACAUGCUGCUUUGUCUUUAGGCACAGGGAGAUCAGUACAGAUGCCGAUAGCCACGUGGUGUGCUUCGAGCAUUACCCCAUCAAAGAAUGGGAGCACAAUGUCAAUUACUACCGCUUCUCUGCUGGAUUCCUUUUCCCCUUCUUUCUACUGGCCUUUUCUUACUGUGGGAUUUUACGAGUUGUCCACAAGAGUCAUGGCACUCAAAAGAAGAAGAAAAUCCAAAUUAAACGACUGGUUUCAAGCACUGUUUUGAUUUUUUUAGUUUGCUUUGGACCAUACCACAUUCUACUGGUAAUUCGCAGCUUAUUGGAGAACAACUGCUCAUUUGCUGAGAAAAUAUUCAAUAUUUACCAUGUUUCUCUCCUGUUGACUACUUUUAACUGUGUUGCUGAUCCAGUAUUGUACUGUUUUUCCAGUGAAAGCAUUUACCAGAACUUUGCCAAGAUGCGAGACUCUUGUUUAACAUAUUUAGGGUGUCCAAGAACUGAGAUGAAGGAAUCCUAUCCGCUGAACGCUCCAGAAACCAGCAAGCCACAGCACGAGCAACAACCAGGGUUAUUACAAAUAUCACAUGAUGGUGCUGAAAUGAAGGACUUCCCCGCAACUAACAUGGGCAGCCUAUAGCAUUCAUCAAAAAAGGACAUCAAUCUAAAAUCUGCAGCUGUGGCCGUGUUUGUGCAUCCAUUUUAUUUAUCUGUGUAUCACAACAGUGUUACCUCUAAAAGACUUACUAGCAAUGCAGUACAGUGAGGUCAUUUCUGGAGGUGCUUGGACCUUGGUGGUAGUGAGGAAAGCACUUGCUAAGUCAGUUCAGUUACGAUUGCAUGUCUGUUGUCAUUGUAGUACCGCUCAAAACCUGUUGUCUUGAUAAAUGCAUUGACUGGAAUAAGCUAGUACUCAUGGUGUGUGGUUCUGUUGAAUUUGUCUUUAACUGCUUUCUGUUUGUCCCUGUAGCAUCUAGAGAAAAUAAUUCUCUACAAACUGUCAUCAUCUGUUGAAAAGGUUGGAGACAGAAUAAAUGUCCCCAUGUGUACUUUUAAAAGAAAAAAAAAUUGCAUUUCUGUAACAUUCCCAUAACUCUUUGAAAUAACUUCCCCUUCAGCCAGUUUCAACGCGUGCAGAGAUUCUGCCAGAACCAACCUCCUAAAACAACCAGUCCAAUAACAUAAGGUGUUCUGGGAGAACAUGCACAAGAAGUUCCAAGGCCAGGCUGGAGGCUGCAUGGGCCUUUGGGCUACCUGGUCUAGCGGAGGGUGUCCCUGCCCAUGGCAGGGGGGUUGGAACUAGAUGAUCUCUGAGGUCCCUUCCAACCCAAACCAUUCUAUGAUUCUAAACUCAGCAUCUACUGAGACCUUCAGUCUGUUGAUUGACUGUUGAAUCUCAGACUGCUGAACCUCAUCAUAAGGCUCCUAUUGACUUCCAGAGCUAUGAGAUCUCUUGGCUCCGAUGGGGAUAAAUAAUUUGAUCUGUUGACUUGGUAAAGAACAGGAGGUUGAUAGCACAUGAGGUGCUUUGAACCCGUGUGCUUCUCUGAGUCACUGUGUUCAAACACAAAUUUAGUUACAUGUGAAUUCUACUAAACCUUGCUAAGGUUUGGAUUGUGUCCUUCGCAGUUUGUGUGUCUUGUGCAGCAUAGACCAUACAGGCAAUUAAAUAACCAUGCAUUUGUCAGGGAAACUGUUAAAUGGAUACUGUUUAAACUCUGUUUUUUCCCACAGAUACUAUAGCUUAGGGUUUGGUCAUUGUUCAGUAAACACAGUAUCGGAAAUAUGAUGUAUGAAUGAGCUAUGUUUCCUGGUUUAGACAGCAAACAAAAUACAGGAAUAAGUGGAGGUAAUGACAGUUAAAGAUGUGAGAGUUGUGCUUUAUAGUGUUGUUUCUACCACUAUCUGCUCUCUAGGUUUGGUGGUUUUUUUUUCUUUCUUUAUUAUACUAAUGAAUCCUGUAUCAUUCUUCUUUGUGAUCUGUUCAUCAUACCUUUUUGUAUCUGUAACUGUUGCCUUGUCCUUUCACUCCUCUAGUUUCAAACCUUUCUUGAAACACUUCUCUCUCUGCAACCUGGAGCUGAUAACUUCCAGCAGCAUAACCAGUUUUGUUUCUUUGGUUUUUUUAAAUGUCAAAAGAUUCUCUAGACAGACGGUCUACACCUGUGUCACUGUGACACAGCCUUGCUUGUCAUCAGUUUCCUAAAGGCAAUAUAUUCUAACAGCUUUCUGGAAAUCACCUUGAGAGUGUGAUAUUAGAAAUAAGUAGGGGAUGUGUUUAAUAAAGAAUGAUUUUGUAAUUUUCUUCCUAUAUUUGUUCACUCUUUGUUUGAAAUAACUGUCUUAUGGCUUUGGCCCACAGUUUCUGUUUGUGAGACUAGAGGUCCUCUCCUCUCUCCUCUUGCAGAAAGGAUUCAUGUCCCCACUCGCAGGAGGGGAUUAGGUUUGCUUAGGUUAACAUUUGGUUUGUUUAAUUAUUUUACAUUUCUUUAUACUUAGAGCACUUACCCAGCUGGAUUAAUUACCUUAUAC